AUGUUCAGGAUAUGUCUUUCACUCUUCUUCGUGCACGUUGCUUCUGCAUUGAACGAUACGGCUAAGCCACUGUCUCUUCCCCCGAGUGGCUAUUGGGAUGGCAACGAUGGAAGGUGGUCUACGUUCAACUUGCAGAUAGGAACGCCCGUCCAGGUUGUGCGCCUCCUGCCUGGUACAUCUGCCACCGCUGCAAAUACAAUUUGGGCGGUGAUAACCGAAGGAUGUGAACAAGCGAACCCGGAUCUCGACCCGGGGGAGUGUAGCUUUGCACGAGGCGGCACGUUCGAGAGAAAUGCGUCGCUGACUUGGUCCACAUCCCGACUGGAGAACAACGGCCUGUAUGAGAUCGUGCUGUAUGAGGAGGAAAAGCUUGGCCUUUCGGCCAACGCUUACUAUGGCUUUGACACGGUUUCCUUUGGCCUUCCUGAUUCUGGGCUUCCUAAGCUGGAGAAUCAGACUGUCGCGGGAAUCGCGACCAAUGACUUCUUUCUCGGGACACUACCACUAAGCCCGAUCAGCCAAAACUUCACAUCGUACACGACCGGCGCGAUACCAAGUGUACUAGGGACGCUGCGAGACCCGAACAACACCAUGGUUCCUAGCACAACUUGGGCAUACACAGCUGGUGCUGUAUACAAGAGCCCACCGGUUUUCGGCAGUGUGACCUUCGGUGGUUACGAUGCAAACCGAAUUGAUUGGAGCAGCUCCGGAAGUGUGAGCGCCCCGUUCUGGACGGAUCCAUCGCGAGAUCUCCUGAUCGGACUCCAGUCAAUAAUGCAUGACACCCUGGGCAGUACGCCAUUGCUGGCAGACGGGAUCUACGUCUUUCUCAACUCUUUGGUUGCACAUAUGUGGCUUCCAAUAGGGAUCUGCCAAGCAUUCGAGACCGCUUUCGAGCUCGAGUGGGAUAAUGUGACCGAGUUUUACACCGUUAGUGAAGAUACUCACGCAAGACUAGUAGCCCAGAAUCCCAGUUUCGCUUUUACCAUCGGCGCUUCGAAGGACCAGGGAACCAGCAAUACCGUAAUCAACAUUCCAUAUGCUGCUUUCGACCUAAAUGUUAGCACCCCGUACUACAAUCAGAGCCAGCGAUACUUCCCUCUCAAGCGAGCUCAAAACGACACACAGUACAUACUCGGAAGGGCUUUCCUGCAGGAAGCGUACAUCAUCGCCGACUAUGAUAGACGUAACUUCACAGUCGGGCAGGCGCUAUUUCCAUCGACACAAGAUAUUGUCCCCAUCUUGCCUCCAGGACUAUCUUUCGAUGGAUCUUCUCCAGGCCUUAGCACCGGCGCUAUAGUAGGAUUUGCAAUAGCUGUUGCCGCCGUCCUUCUGCUAGCCUUGGGGAUCUUCUGGUGGCGUCGAAAGAAAUGGACACGACCUGGAGCUCAGGCGUACAGUCCUGCUCCAACAGACGAGAAGCCAUCUAUUCGGUCUUGGCACGAUCACAAGCCAGAGCUGAAACCCGAAAUGGAGGCCACAGGGAUUGGAGAACUUCGCGGGGACGACCACCAUUAUGGAGCUCCAGAACUUCCGGGUGGGUAUACUUACAACCCUUAUAGAGCUGAGCUAUCUGCGAGCAAUGGGCAGAUGUACGAGCUUCCGGUAUUCGAUAGGCAUGAGCUCGGUGAAUAUGUGGCUGCAAAUGAGUUGGACGUCCCUCGUCGUCGCUAG